AAUAAUCAUUACCCUAACCUCAAUGUCGUUGUUACUUGCCGCUGGCGAAACAAUCCCAACAACUUUAGACGGUCCAUUCAAGCCACUGACCCGCCGGUUUGACCCGUCUCUUCGUCGAGGCAGUGACGACUUACCUAUGGAUCAUCCAAGGCUGAGGAAGAGAAACGUCAGCUCCAAUUUUCCAGAACAGAUUGCUUUAGCUCUCUCUACUCCAACCUCCAUGUGGGUUUCUUGGGUCACUGGUGAUGCUAUAGUUGGAAAAGAUGUGAAACCGCUUGAUCCUAGUUCGAUUGCUAGUGAGGUUUGGUAUGGGAAAGAGAAAGGAAACUAUUUGCUAAAGAAGAAAGGAAAUGCAACAGUUUAUAGUCAGUUGUAUCCCUUUAAUGGUCUCCUUAAUUACACAUCAGGCAUCAUACACCAUGUCCUCAUUGAUGGUCUGGAACCAGAAACUAAGUAUUAUUACAGAUGCGGCGAUAGCUCUGUUUCUGCAAUGAGUGAGGAAAUUUCUUUUGAGACUUUGCCACUGCCAAGUAAAGAUGGGUAUCCUCAUCGAAUUGCCUUUGUUGGGGAUAUGGGUCUUACUAGUAACACAACAACCACCAUUGACCAUUUGAUGGAAAAUGACCCUUCACUGGUUAUAAUUGUUGGGGACUUAUCGUAUGCAAACCAGUAUCGUACAAUUGGUGGCAAAGGAGCUUCAUGCUUCUCAUGUUCGUUUCCCGAUGCACCUAUUAGGGAGACGUAUCAACCUCGCUGGGAUGCCUGGGGAAGGUUCAUGGAGCCACUGACUUCCAAGGUCCCAACGAUGGUCAUUGAAGGCAACCAUGAGAUUGAGCCUCAAGCUUCAGGGAUCACCUUUAAGUCAUAUUCUGAAAGGUUUUCAGUUCCUGCAAGUGAGAGUGGCUCCAACAGCAACUUCUACUAUUCUUUUGAUGCUGGAGGAGUGCAUUUUGUUAUGUUGGGUGCUUAUGUUAAUUACAAUCACACUGGACUGCAGUAUGCAUGGCUAAAAGAAGACUUGUCUAAAGUUGAUCGUGCAGUGACACCUUGGCUGGUUGCAACAAUGCAUCCGCCUUGGUAUAACAGCUACUCCUCGCACUACCAGGAGUUUGAAUGCAUGAGGCAGGAAAUGGAAGAGCUUCUUUACCAACACCGUGUCGACAUCGUGUUUGCAGGACAUGUACAUGCAUACGAGAGAAUGAACCGCAUAUACAACUACACACUAGACCCAUGUGGGCCAGUUUACAUAACAAUAGGAGAUGGUGGAAACAUUGAGAAAGUUGAUGUGGACUUUGCGGAUGAUCCUGGGAAGUGUCCUUCUCCAGGAGACAACAUCCCCGAGAUAGGGGGAUCAUGCCCUUUAAAUUUUACUUCUGGCCCUGCAAAAGGCAAGUUUUGCUGGGACAGACAACCUGAUUGGAGUGCCUUUAGAGAGAGCAGCUUCGGCCAUGGAAUCCUCGAGGUCAUGAAUUUAACGCACGCCUUGUGGACAUGGCAAAGGAAUCAAGAUGUCUAUAAAAACUACAGCUCUGGAGACCAAAUCUACAUUGUCCGUCAACCAAAUGUUUGCACUCCCCCUGCAAUUUCGAGGUACUAGUUCAAUAUAUCUCUAUAAUGUCUUUGUGAUCUAUAUAUGUAUUCAAUAAAAGUUAAAACCAUUU